AUGCCGGAGCUGCAGCUGUUCAAGCGGCGAUGGCACACGGCCACAGAUGCCCUGCCCCUCAUGAUGGCGCUCCUAUGCAUCUUCCACGUCCUGUGCUGCCGCAAAUUUAAAAUUAUGAACCAACCUGUCAUCCUUUAUGCCUUAGAACGGCGCCAAAACGGCGCCAAGAAUGUGUUUCUCACUAAGUCAGAUGUAGAGGGCAUCAUCCGGAUCAAGCAGGGCGACCAGCAGGCGCCCUCAGGCCGGCGGCGGCGGGGUGCGGGAGGGGGGGCGGCAGUGCAGGGCGGCGCCAAGAACUACAGCAAGAAGGUGCUGCAGUUCUUCCAGGUGCUGAAGGGCGCUGGCGGUCAGGACAUCCUGUGCCGCUGCGUCAAGCGCAGCGGAGAGUGGCGGUGGUGCCCCGUGGUGCCGCUCGAGGAGCUGCCCCGAGUGAUCAAGGAGCACCACGAGCGGGCGACUGGCUUCAGCGGUGUGGAGAAGCUGUACACACAUGCCAGCAGGCUAUCUAAGGCGCCACCCAGCCUGGCCAGCGAGCUGACCUUCAGCGGCACGGCGCAGCGAGGAGUGCCUGUGGUGUCUCUCAAUGUGGCGAUGGCGGCGCAGCCCGGCGGCGGCAAGGCAGCCGUGCGCUGCGGCUGCCGCGGCGCCUGCACCCGGAACUGCAGCUGCAAGAAGAAUGGCGCAUGGUCCAUCGAGGGCACAGGCCUGCAGUAUGAUUGCACUCACGCCAACGAGCUGCGCGUGGCCAACUACAGCCUGUUUGCGCUCUUCGGGCUGGCCGCCAUCAACGAGGCUGUGCUCACGGUGAUGGGCCUGCGAGGGGGGCCAUUUGAGACGAAGAAGCGGCGGCCCAUGGAGCCGCUGCUGUACCUGGAAGUCGUGCUGUGGUUCCUGCUGCUGUGCUUCACAGUCUACGCCACUGUGAUCACAUAUAGCGAUGAAGUCCACGAGUCCUGCUGGUCCAACAACCCCUGCCAGUACAAUCCAGACAUCUUCCCGCUGGCCUGCCAGGGCGGCAACAAAACAAGCAUCCAAGAGCUGUCGCCAUCCUGCCAGGCAAUCAUUGAUGCAGGCCCAAGAUUCAUGGAAUGCUGGACUGGCUGGAUUGUCUCCGGGCUGAACUGGGUGACUGAAACGGUCCAUAUCAUCAACGACUGGGGAAUGGAUAUCUACUAUGAGAGGUUUUACGCAGUGGCCACCAACAUGACUGGCAAUGCAACAGGCCUCGGAGACCCGUCAGUUGAGCUUGUCCCCGAGAUUUUCAUGGCAGCAGACGCCGAGGCCACACACGUUGCCAACUGCGCCAUCUACCACUUCCUGGCCUGCUUCUUCAUGCAGCUGGCAUCAUUCGGGGAGUGCAACAGUACCGUGGAUACGGCCAAUUGGCUGGCGGAAUUGAACAUCACCGUUAAGCUGUCAAACACCUCAGACUACCGGCAGGGCAACAUCUAUCUUGGGAACACUGACAACGUGGGGGAAUACAAUGAAUACCUCAGGGAGCAUCCCGAUCUGUACCGCUAUACAAAUUACGAGCUGGUGAAAGCCAUCAACACAUCCACGCAGCUGGACCUCACCUCUGGCAUAAGCGCGCCCAGCUUGACGAGAGCCUCGGACAUGCCUUGGUUCCGAUGCAUCAAUCAAACCUGCCAGGAGACGAGCCAGAAGCAGUUCUUUGAGGUCCUUGUCAUCACGUCCUGGUCGGUGCUGGGCAUCACAGUCCUAGUUUUGCUAGUCUGCUUCAACGCCUUUCCUGACUACAACGAUGUGGACAGCUGGGAGGGCACCGUGCGCAGCAUCAAUCGGCUGUGCCUGUGCGGCGGUGGGCUGACUGGCUCAGCAACUGUGAGCGGCAGCAACAUGAGCGUGUCCCACGAGAUUGCCAAGUCCCUGAACCUGCUGUUUGGCGGCGCAGACAUGGACCCCACAGACCGGCUGCUGGGCAUCUACCUUGUGAGCGAGCGCCAGCACCGGCGGCGGCAGCAGGACGUGCUUGCGGCGCUGCAGCAUGCAGCCAGCAGCCACUCGCUGGCACGAGCUUCGUUGCCCAACCAGUCCCCGGCCACACCAGCGUCGCAGCACAGCAAUGGCGAGGCACAGCAUGGAUUGGAGGAUGGAGCCGAGGCGCCGCAGGCAGUGCCGCUUGUGGAGGCCGCAGCGGCAGCAGCAGCAGGCGGAUUGGGGCCCCUGGGCGAGGCGGGAGUGGCGGCGCAGGUGGCGGCAGGCCACCUGCCCAUGUCUCCAUUCGACAUGCCUGCCCCAUUGUCGAUGGAUUCACAGCGCAAGUCUGUGGGGCCGCCAGCAGGCAGGCACAGCCCGGCGGGCGCGGUGGUCCCCGGCGACGCGCGGCUGCUGCUCUACCAGCAUAGCAUGAUUCGGCUGCGCAGCAGCCUGGAGUACAUGACAGGCCAGCGCAGCCAGCCCGUGGUCCAUGUGAUGGCCACUGUGCAGGAGGGCGGCACGCUGCCAGAUGCGCUGGCGGGCCUGGAGGCUCGCGAUUCUGUGGAGCCGGAGCAUGUGCUUGAGGAGCCUCAGCGAGGGCCGAGCGACACCAGCAGCCAGGCGGCAGGCAGCCUGAGGCUGACUGGGUCACCGCACACGGGCGGCAGCUGGCAGAAUGCGGCCAUCCGUGUCGCGUCCAGGUACCACCCGCUGCUCACCCCAAGCGGCUGCGCCAGCAGCGGCAAACCGCUGGAGCCGCCCAUCUCCCCGCAAGCAGCCGCCGACAUCUAUGCUGGCAGGCUGGAUGCGGUCGACCAGGGCACUCUGCGGGAGGCGCAACGCAUCAGCCGCUUUGCCGUGGCGGCGUACGGCCUGCAAAGUGUCAUCUGGGCCAAGGGGAGGCGCCCCAAUAUGUGCCUGGCCAACGCCAACCGGCUGGUGAAGUGCUUCAAGAAGCCGCUGGGGCUGGAGAACAAGUUCCGCAAGCGCAACUUUAAUGCCAUCAUCGAGAUGACAGGGGUACAGCCUGCUGAUCUGCUGUACGUCAGCUACACCAAUGUGGCAGGCGGCGUGCUGCCGUACCUCAUCAUGCUGCACCGCCCCAGCAAGUCGGUGGUUCUGUCUGUUCGCGGCACAGUGAGCAUGGAGGACCUGAUCACUGACCUGCUGUCCAACCCUGUGGAUGUGGCCGGCUGGGUGCCCGAGUGGGUGCGGCAGGAGGCGCAGCGGCGCCAGGCCGCCGGCAUUGCGGGCGACACCAGCGGGGACGGCCUCAAGGCGCACAUCGGCAUUGUGUCCAGCGCCACCGCCAUCCUGAAGGACAUGGAGAAUCGGGGGCUGCUGCGGGAGAUGUUGCUGUCCAAGCUGCUGCGUGCUGCCACCCUGCUGGGCCGCGACACCCAGGAGGUGAUUGCUGAGUAUCUGGAGACGCACCGAGGCGAGCUGCCAUCGCUUGUGCCUCAGCAGGGCAUGGACAGCCUGGGGCCGCUGAGCAGCAACCCCCUGGCGGCGGCGGCUGCCGGGCACGGGCUGAUGGACAUUGACAGCAAGGUUGGCAGCAGAUCGCUGGGGCGGCACGACGAGAAGGAGCAGUCUCAGUUCAUCCAGGCGGAGCAGCAGUACCUGUCACGCCUUCAGACACUCAAGGAGGAGGUGGAGGUGCACCUGCCAGUCGAACGUGCCCAGACCAUUAUCAGGAGCAAGCUGCAGCAGCAGGGGUGGAAGAUGGUGGUGACGGGCCACUCGCUGGGCGCGGCUGUGGCUUGCAUGCUGGGCAUGCAGCUGCGUGAGCGGUUUGCAGACCUUCAGUGCUGGGCCUUCAACCCUCCCGGCGGCUUAGUGAGCUGGGAGCUAGCGCAGAUUGCGGAGCACUACUGCACCAGCACUGUCGUUGGCAAGGACGUGAUUAGCAGGCUCAGCUUCAACACCUCCAAGCGUGUGGUGGACGAGAUGGUGGUGAGCCUGGCGCGCUGCAAGCGCCCCAAGCUGAAGAUCCUGUUUGAUGUGAUGCUGGGCAGGCGGAAGCGCUCAGGGUCUAUGCAUCACACCUUCUGCAAGUUUGAGGAGAUUGCGCCCGAGGCGCUGAAGCUGGUGGAGCAGUACUACCGUGCCAGUCACCUGCACAUGCAGACUGCAGACACCACGGAAAUGUACCCGCCCGGCAAGCUGGUGUUUUUCCGCCCCUUCAAGGGCAAGCGGAAGCAGCAGACGGUGUGGGAUGCGGUGUGGAUCGAUGCAGCAGCGCUAAUCUCGGAGGGCAUUUUGGUGACACCCUCCAUGAUGGCCCACCACCGCCUCUUCAUGCUGUCAGAGGCCUUUGAGUCCAUCUUGGCGGGCGAGGCGGCCACGCAGGCCGCGGCGCAGGAUGAGCAGGGGCAGGAAGACGUGGUGCGGUUGUGA